CAAUCGGCGGCCGCCGGCGCGUACCACGUGAUCGGAAAAAUCGAAAUGGUGGACGUAUCGGGACGCAGGAUCCCGUGCGGAGACGAAGGACGAUAAACCUGGGCAAGGGCCCCGUGAUCCGUGUCAUCGGCGACCGUACGUCGAACCACCCGGCGGUCUAUCGCGACGUAUCGCGCGAGCAGCCGCGGCCGGGAGAAUCGUCCGCGGUUUUUGGUGCGCGUCGCGGCCCGCGGCCAGGCCGGUGCGCGUGCAGAUCGUCCCACGUCCCGACCAAGUGCCGAUCGACGCGUGUUUACCGAAGUGUCAACCCGCCCGUAUUGCAGACGCGUGUGUCUGGUAUCGCCGUCUGUCCGUGUGAUCUCUCGGAUCGGCCGAGCUGUUAAAACGGAGGCACGAGCGACUCCUCGGCGGAGCGGGCUAGUCGCAAUUGGGAGCGCAGUAGUUGGUCGUUUGCUCGAUUCUCGACGGUGCACCGAGUACGAGAGAGUCAAGCCGAGAGGGAGACGGAGAGAGAGAGGCAGACCGUGAGAGACAGACGAGAGACAGAGACGGAGAGAGAGACCCGCGAGUCGAGAGACUCGAGAAGCGGAUGCGAAAGGGGAGAGAAAGAUUAUCGUCGCGGGUCUCGAGGACAGACGGCAAGGCUUUUCACGCGGCGGCGGCGGGCCCCCUGGCCCGCGGCAGCAUGCCCGAGUGCGCGCGGGCCCUUGGAGGACGAUGCGUCGCGACGUGGAUCCCGCGACCGACGAACGAGAUAGGACACCUUUCUGACUUAGAAAACAGUUUUGUGCAAUAGAACGGAAAUGAUGCAGUCGUAAACUAUUGCAAUAAGCAUGCUGAAAUACUCAGGAGACACGGGAAUAAUUACAAUACCCUGAGGACCUUGGAUUUUUGUCAGAACAAGGAAACUAAGUUACUGCCUCUGCCAACAAUAGAGCACACCCACGCUUGUCACCUGUUCAGUGAAUGUCGUGAUAAUAAUUUAAUGGUUGUCAGAGAGGUUCCAAUGGACAGUCUGUGUUGAGCGCAUGAUAUUCAAGUAAAACAGGCUAUCCUACAUCAAAACCGUAAAAAUACUCGAACUCUUAAUGAACAAAUCAGGAACAAGGACCUACUAAAAUUGACUCAGACUGUUAAUCUAAAAAGAGAAGAGAAUAAUUCUAAUAACUCUAUUUUAUUACGCUAAUCAUUAUUAACCACUGGUUGGAAUACUCUAUAUCUUAUAAAUCACGCUAUUCUCUAUAACGGAUUUAAGAAAGACAUAGGAAUAAUUUAGAAGGCUUUACAAUUCCUUAUUGAUAUGCUUUACUAUUGAGAGAGGUACAAUCGCAAAUUUUUAUUUUGUCACACAGACUUAUUUUUUAAAUUUUAAAUAAUACGUGUGUGUGUGUAAUUAGAGUUGAUUAACUCUUGAGACCUAGCCAGCUGGCAAGAGUCUGCUUGGCGAGAAUAGUCCAGAUUACGACAAAAGAGCAUCUCUAAUGUGUAUAAAUAAUUAUAAACACUGACUAUCGCAAAACUUGUGGAAACAAAAUGUAUAAUAAUUAUUUUAAACGCUUCAAUCACUGGUUGUACAUAACGAGUAAGCAAGAAGAAGGGGAAACGUCGUACUUGAAAUACUGUAUAGAUGACAGAGGAUAUACCUGUUAACCCUCUCAAGUACAAGGGUUAAAAAAUGGACAACAGUGGAUCCGGAGUAGUGCAAGUGUUUGUGGGUGAAUGGAGCCCUGAAUAUGAGGCACUGUCCAUUAAAGCCACGAAGCAGACCUCGUCAGCCGAGAUAGUGGAAUGUAUCAUUGAGAGACUCGGCCUGGUUGAUGCCUCUGUUUCGUACGGCUACGAGCUGGCGGAAGUGGUAGGAAAUUCUGUUGGGCAGGAGUGCAAGGAGAGGAGACUCGGUCCUGCCGAGUGCCCGGUGGCGCUCAUGUUACUGUGGCCGAAGAACGAUGCUCAACAAGAAUACUACAGAUUUUAUCUGCGGAAGAAGCAGCCGGACUACCUGUGGUCCGACAGUAGGUUUCCUAUGGAUCCACAACUCCUGAAGGACUACUUUAAUAGAUUCCUCUACCAACCACGCGACAAGGAAUAUCCAGACCUGUGUCAGCUUCCGGACCUCAACGAGCAAACGCUGCUGGACAAUUUGCGGGCUAGGUUUCUGGCUGGCAACAUAUACACUUAUGUUGGCAGCAUAUUGAUCGCCUUGAAUCCAUUUAAAUUCUAUCCCAUCUACAAUCCGAAAUACGUGAAAUUGUAUCAAAACCGAAGAUUGGGGCCAGACAUACCUCCGCACAUAUUUGCCAUAGCCGAUGCAGCUUACCAUUGCAUGCUCAAGGAGAAGAAGAAUCAGUGUAUCGUCAUUAGCGGUGAGAGCGGUUCCGGUAAAACGGAGUCGACGAAUUUCCUGUUGCAUCACCUGACGGCACUCAGUCAGAAAGGCUCGCACGGCAGCGGAGUGGAACAGACGAUACUCAGCGCCGGGCCCGUCCUGGAAGCGUUCGGUAACGCGAAAACCGCGCACAACAACAACAGCAGUCGCUUCGGCAAAUUUAUCCAAGUGAACUACAAGGAAAAUGGAAUGGUCCACGGUGCCGUGGUGCAAAAGUAUCUGCUGGAGAAAUCGAGGAUCGUCUCCCAAGGGCGAAACGAGAGAAAUUAUCAUGUAUUUUAUUACUUGCUGGCCGGCGCGAGCGAGCAGGAAAAACAGCUGUUGCACCUGGAGAGUUGCGAUUGGUACAAUUAUUUAAACAAGAGCGGUUGCUACGGGCUGGAGAACGUCGACGAGCGGCACGAGUUCUCGCGAUUGAAACAGUCCAUGGAGAUGGUGGGCUUCACGCCGGAGAAGCAGAGACGGUUGUUCGCGGUUCUGUCGGCGGUCCUCUUGCUAGGUAACGUCGAGUUUCACCCGAGAAAAUCGUAUCAUCAUCACGACGAGGCUGUGGGCGUGAAAAAUCCAGAAGUGGUCGCGCUGAUAUCGGAACUGCUCAGAGUGAAGCAGGAGACGCUGCUGGCCGCGCUCACCGCCAAACGCGCAAGAGCUUCCGGCGAGACUCUCGUCAUCAACUACAGGCUCCCCGAAGCGAUUGCGGCACGCGACGCCAUGGCGAAGUGCUUGUACGGAGCACUGUUCGAUUGGAUCGUGUUACAGGUGAACCACGCGUUGCUUUCGAAAAAGGAUACCCUCCGAGAUCACCAGGGUAAUAGUAUAGGUGUACUAGACAUAUUCGGCUUCGAGGACUUCAAGACGUGCAACAGUUUCGAGCAACUGUGCAUCAAUUACGCCAACGAGCAGCUGCAGCAUUACUUCAACCAGCACGUUUUCCAGUACGAACAACGAGAAUACAGAAAGCAAGGGAUCAGGUGGACUGACAUAGGAUACAGCGACAACUCGGGUUGUCUCAAUCUCAUCGAGGGGAAACCGAAUGGUCUCCUGUGUCUGCUCGAUGAUCAGUGCAACUUUCCCGGGGCGACGAACGAGACGUUACUGCAAAAAUUCAACACCGUGCACAAAGACACUCCGUUUUACGAGGCGCCGCAGCGGCGAGAGGCGGCGUUCGUCGUGCGCCAUUAUGCAGGAGCAGUUAAGUAUCAGGCCGCGAAUAUGAGAGAAAAGAAUCUAGACUUGAUGCGACCCGAUGGCGUGGUCGGAGUGCUAAAAAACUCGUCCCUUGCCUUCGUGCGGGAAUUGGUCGGCGCCGAUCCGGUUGCCGUGUUCAGAUGGGCCAUACUGCGAGCAUUCUUUCGCGCUCACUUUGCGUUUCAAGAAGCCGGCCGAGCGCACAGGCAUGGUAGAGUUGACGGUAACAAGACAUCCGUGCAAAAUAGAUACAGGACGCCCAACGAAAAUUUGAUAAGCCAUCUUGUGACGUUGUCGGCCGUGAAUCUAACUAUUAACCGAAUUGCGAAAAAUAAAUCGUUUCGACCGAGGGAACGCGGCAAGAAGGGUCUGAAAAAUCUGCAAACCGUGAAGACCCUCGCUGGAAGGACUCAGAGUUAUGGUACCGGACCGGGGAAGGCCAGGAAACAGCCCAUGACUGUGUCCGCACAGUUCCAGCAGAGCCUGCACAGUCUGAUGGACACGCUGAAUCAGGCUAAUCCCUUCUUUAUCAGGUGUAUUAAGAGCAACGCCAAUAAAGUGCCGAACGAAUUCGACGAGGAGACGGUGCAACGGCAGCUGCGCUACACGGGAAUGCUAGAGACCGUCCGAAUACGGCAGGCUGGUUUCAACGUGCGGUUAACGUACGAGGAAUUUAUACAGCUCUAUCGUAUGCUGCUUCCUAAAGGUCUUCUGAGCUCGCAGUCCGACGUGAGGGACUUCCUGCUCACCCUCAAUCUCAAUAGGGACAAUUAUCAGCUGGGCACCACGAAGGUCUUCCUCAGGGAGUCCGAAAAGAUUAAGCUGGAUAUCGAGCUCCACCAACAGAUCAUAACGAGCAUUACCACCAUACAGAAAUGGUUCCGCGCCUGUUUGGAGAGGAGAAAAUUCCUCAGGCUAAAGAACGCAGUUGUGCAGAUACAGUCUUUCUGGAGAAUGGUCACUGCACAGCGGCUGGCGCAGAUGAUGCGCGCGAGAGCCGAGGCUGCGUUGCACAUACAGAACGCCUGGAGGAUGUACAAGCAGCGUAGCUGGUUCAGAAAGUUGAAAUCGGGCGUAAUCGCCUUCCAGGCGUACGUCAGAGGCAAUAACGCCAGAAAGAGAUUUAACGAACUGAAGAAACGAAGGAGAGCUAUGUCGGAUAAGGUUCAGGCAGUCAAGGAAAUUCAAGAGUACAAGGAGCUCAUGUAUGAUAAAGUAUGCGCCAAAGAUCGAGAUAGCGAAGAAUCGUUCACGGAAGAUCGGAGUCUGUCGGAAUAUGGUAUAUCGUCGCGGAAAAUAGAAUCUCAAAGUCGGCUCGCUCCCGCAAGGAGCGAUUGGGAUAGCGCCGUGGACACGAGUAUCUCAUACUCCAAACGUAAGCUCACGCCGAACAAGCGAAUACUGCACGAACCAUUGAGGAACACGGAAGCGUACAAUUCCGACGAGAUGUCGGAACGCAAGAGCAGCCUCGAAAGUCUAACGAGUCUGAGGAGCUACGAAUCUCAAGCCAGCAUCAACAGUUCCGAGUCGCAGGACAAUUUCGGCACGAAACCCGUGCCGAGCACGAGGACGAAACGCGGCGACCAUUCGCCAGUGAUCGCGUCGAACAUAAACCUGAUGAACGCGUCCAGUCGACUAUCAUCGGCGAGCAGAAGAACGGACAGUUCAUCGACCGGAUACAGCGACGGCGAGACUGAGAGUGAGACACCGAGCGCCGUGCAAAGCGCUCCGCCCGUCUUCAACACGAGUUCGUUCGCCGGUUCGCGCGACGUGAAGUAUCAUCCGACGAACGUCAACCUAACACAUAGUCCGAAUUCGGAAAUUUGGCAUCGCCGAGCGGACUUCUCGCCCGCCAAUUACAGUGACUACUAUAUGCCGGUGCCGCAGAAAGCGACGGUGACCCGCUCGCCGAAUGUUUCUCACUACAGGAAUGUGACGGACAGCGUUUUCGAGCAGAUUCGACAGGACAAGCCCAACGAGGCGGCGAACUAUAACGUCAGACUGGACACGACCGACCGCUUCACUCAAAUGGAAAGCUUAGCGAGUGGCAGGCAGCAGCGUAGACUCAACGACAACAAUGUAUCCGACGAACGAAUGGAGAACGUUCCGCUGUCGCUAGCGAAACGAGAUCAAAUGCACGGACCCGUCAAGAACGUCAAAGAUCUAAGCUACCUGCGGCGGCAGAACUCGGAGGGCGAUACCACGACGAAGGUGGAAGUUGUCAAUGACGACAGCGCGUUGAGAGGCUCCUUAAUGAAGGGAUCGUCUCCGAAGGAGAAGAAUUCACGAACGAAGGACAAGUACGAGCCGGACGUGCCGGUAAGAAGCGCGAGGCGAAACCGACCGUCGCGUGAAGUUCACUGCCGGUCGAUGGGCGAGAGCGUGUCCGAGACGAACGCCGAGGCGCGCAAUCUGCUGCUAGGCACGAUUAAGGAGAGCGAUCUGAACAAAACGACGAACGUGUGGUCGCGGAAGGAAUACCCGCAUGAAACUAACACUCGAUCCGUCACGGACUGGCCGAUGAACAAGAACGAGGCUACGUACAAGGUUCAGCAGCCCGGCAAACGCAUGAGAUCCAACGCCAUAACGACCCUCGAGCUACGCAGGAGAAACUCGGACCCAGCGACGAAGAUCUCGGGCCUGAGCGAGGACAAGAUGGGCGCGGACACGAGUCCGAACGAUCUGAAACUCGCGCCCGGCAUGAACCUCCUCGAGUGGAAAGGUAACAAUCUGUUUACCCUGGCCGGCCACCGUUUCAGGAAAGUCGCGAGAUUCGCGAAGGACGACGUCUGCGUGUGCUGUCACGAGAAGAUGGACGCGUUCGUAACGCAGGGCUACAAGUGCGUCGACUGCAAGCAGCUUUAUCACGUAAAGUGCAUUCAAAACGGCGGCGUGCUGAAGAUGCCGUGCAUCUUGGCGAAUACACCCAACAGGCGGAAAAACCGGAAACCACCGCGCACCCCGUACGAUACCACGAAGCAGACGGUCGCGUCCAAGUUCAGUUUGACCGGUACCUCGGCCUUCUCCGACAGCACGGACAAGAUCAUAUCCGACGCGAAGGAAUUGGCGCUGAUGCAAGAUUUCAUCACCAAGAAGAUCUACAUAAUGGAGGGUCAGGAGGAGGGACGGAAGCAGAGCGAGGUGGAUCGCGUGUUCAAACAGGCACUCAGAAAGUUUAAGGAUGACCUGGUGAUCACGUACAGCGUCGCCAUACAGCAGGGCGUGGAGGGCAACAUCAAGUACACCGAUCUGAUCGCCAACUUCCUCCACGUUAUGGAAACCGUCUGCAAGCAGGAGAACACGCGGGAAGACUUUCCCGUGACGAUGGGCGUGAAUGCGUUCAGGGGCUUUAUGAAUGAAUUCAUGACGAUCGUAAAGACGGAAGCGCCCGAGAAGCAGAGCAAGAGCAAGCGCAAGAAGGAGAAGAAGCGGAAGCAGGAGGAGCCCAUACGGCACGGCAAUCAUAUAUUCCAAUUAACUAUCAUCAACAUACCCAUGUUGUGUGAAGUCUGCACGUCUUUCUUCAUGUGGCCGAUUGAGCGAGGACUCGUUUGUCAAAAUUGCAAAUUGACGUGUCACAAAAAGUGCUACACGAAGGCAGCAGCGGAGUGCGGCAAGGAUGGUUCUUUAUCCGAGACGAACCCGCGCAAAGUGUUUGGCGUGCCGCUGUACAAACUGGAUUGCGGCGACGGCAAGGUACCGCUUGUGGUGGAUCGACUAAUCACGACUAUCGAGAUGCACGGUCUCUACACCGAGGGUAUAUACAGAAAGAGCGGCGUCAGCUCGAAGGUGAAGGAACUGAAGAUGAAAAUGGACGAGGGCGAUCUGGGGAAGGUGGACUUUGAAAACUAUCAAGUGCACGUUCUGUCAUCGGUGUUGAAGAGCUUCUUCAGGGACAUGCCGGAGCCGCUGUUGACGUACGAGUACUACGACGAUUUCUUGCACGCGGCAAACCUGACGGAUCCGCACGACCGAAUCAGCACGCUCUUCGCCAUACUGAAAAAGUUGCCGAAACCCAACUACGACCUGAUGGAGCGCUUGAUCGUCCACCUGGCGCGAGUGGCGCGACACGAGGAGGACAAUCGAAUGUCACCGUCGGCUUUGGCCAUCGUGUUCGCGCCAUGCAUCCUCAGGACGAACCGGACACUACCCGCGCAGGACUCCCUUCAAGACGUGGGCAGGCAGACGCGUUGCGUCGAGACAAUCGUGCAGGAGAAGUUGAGGGUGGUCAGGGCGACGCUCGCGGAUAUAAAUACCCUCGAGUCCGCUUGUCAUACGGCGACGCAUCGACUCUCCAGCCUGCGAUCGUCCAAGAUCUUCAGUCCGGAGGAGCUGAGCGCGGCAGCGUCAAGUGCCGCGGGUCGUGCAGGCGCGAUCGAUCGCGACAGAGAUCGAGGAGACGAGGAAGAAGCGCUGCUCGUUGAUCACAUACAAGAGAUCCAGAAGGAGAAGGCACUCCUCACAUCUACUCUGCCCAGUCUAACAAGAGCGUCCUCGGACGAUGAUCUCCUCCUAUCGGCCACGGAAUUGGACGAUGGAUCUCUCGACGAUCUUCUUCCGCCUUCCGCAGACGGACUCGUAAGGAAGAAGCCCGUCCAAAGGCAAAGUUCGGCCGACAAUUCGUUUCCGACGAUUAUCAAUAUGGACGACGACAUGGUAAUGGUAUGAACAUCAGCCGUGAAUAACGUUAGCGUUCGUUCGAAACGGUGCCGGUAAUCUGGCGGAUGGUGUCGCGUCAGGGCGAGGGAAUGAACGACUGCGAUCGUUGAUUCCAUUAGCGAACCGUUAGUGUAUUGAGACUCGCUGGUAAACGCAAUUAUAGAUAGCUGUCGUAAUUUGUUGACUCCAUAAAACGAACUUUAACUGUGCGACUGAGCGACUGUAAUUUCAUUCUCUCAUCGAAGCCAGUAGAGACGUCUAAAAACUACUUCGUAUACAGUGUACGAUAGGGAAAAGAAAAAGAAAACUGCAUAAAUCUUUUAAUUUCGCCAGGUGAUUUUAUUCCGCAAUGCAUUCCUCUUUUUGAAGACUGUCAAAGUAUUUUAGGCGCAACGUUUUGUUCAUCUAUAUAUAUAUAUAUACAUAUAUAUAUAGAACCUAAAGAGAGAUGUCACUCGGCGCGCCGCUUUACACGUUUUAAAUGUAAGAGAUGAAAACACAAAACUAGAAAGUAUUUUAAGAAAAACAGAGCGUACCGUUCUUACGAUAUAUAUAUAUUUCUUAAAAUAUAUAUAUAUGUAUAUAUAUAUUUUAAGAAAUUUCCCACUUGUCGAAAUGAUAAGGGAGUCGUAUCGAAUUACUCGUUUUACAAAUUUACGUUCGUGAAAAUGUAAUUUAUUGUUGCGAUUCUCGGUAAACGCUUCAUUUUUUUUUCUUUUUUUUACGAAGAAUCUUUCUAACGUGUUGUGUGUGUAGAUGCGCUCUAUUCCUUUAGAACUAUUCGCUUAGCGUUAGUAGAUCUGCCACUUCGGAACCAUCUUCUUCCCAAAGGAUCUACUUGUCUACGUUCGAGUAGAAAAUCGACGUUCGACCGCCUUGGAUUCCUGCGAGGUGUUUUUACUGUAUUUUGUUAUAUGAUGUGCUGUGCGGCAGCGGUAGAGUCGAUUUAAAGCGUUAGGUUUACGCGCAGGAAUUCGAGGGACGGCCGCGAGAGAAAGAGGAAACCAAAAUGUACAUAUUAUGCAAUAUAACGAUUUCGUAAUAAUCUGUUAAUAUUGUUAAAUUUACGAGAGACGUUUAAACAAGAUUAUAUUUCUACUGUCGAUAUUCGUUCGUAGGGAUCGUGACACACUUUGAUAUCGAUUCUCCGUCGGUUUUAUUUCUCGGAAUCGGAUUUUUACUUAACGCAUUUUUUCUGUGCUCGGACGCAUUAUACGGAGAGAGAAGCUCCUAAGCAUGUGCGUACAAGUGUAUAUACAUAUAUAUAUAUACACACAUCCACAUUAUAUACAAGUACUUAUGUAUAUAAAAACAAGUUUGCGCGCGAGACUAAUGAAAUUCCUUCACUCGGGAUUUACUGCAUUUCUUUCUUUUUCUUUUUCCUCUUUUUUUUAAACUGCGUUUUAAUCGUAUUCUUUUCCGGUAUCACCUUAGAUUUUGGUCGAUUCCGGUUUUUGUUUUUCUUUUUUUAUCGCUUUGCUUCUUCACUGCCGUUUUCGUUCGUUCUUUCGUUCGUUCGCUCGCGCGAAUCCGUAUAAUGCCACUUCGUGAUAGCCUGACAAUCGGCGAAAAAUCGACAACGCGGAAGGAAAGAGAUGAGAGAGAUUGCGAUCUCGCGUAAUAGAAGUCUCCUCUAUCCAAUAAGGAUAAUCAGAUCAGGUCCCCACACACGUACCGCGAACUUAAUUGAAUUCCCCUGCGAAUUAAUCGUUACGCUCGAUGAUGAUCGCGGACAGAAUUGGUCAAUGAAUCGAGAUCUUCGUUUUAUUUCCUUUCCCGGUUCCACUUGGAAAGCAAAUAUGAAUAACGAAUACGAAUAACGAAUAUAUAUACUUUCGCGUUAACGGCGAACACAACGAGGAUGUAUCACGUGCGCGAUAUGACCUACAUAUAGAUAUUUUUUUCUUUUUUUUAUUCAUUAUUUCCGAUGUAAUCAUGUUGCUGAAUCGCAUACAUCGUGCAUUCGCUCGCGUCCAAUCACCAAAGACUUGCGCGCAGUUAUUAUUUUUUUUCAUUCUUUAUGUCAAUCCGAUAUCUUUUAUGUCGCGUGCAUUAUUCGUGUUUUAAUACCGACGCGUUUUGUAUUUUUAAUUGCCUUCGAGCGCGCGCGCGUAUUACUUUCGCAGAAUGGAAUUCAUAUUUCCGUCCUCUCUCUCGAGUAGAUCGAUAGGUACGUUUUUAAGUUUCGCCGAUCGGCAAUCGAUGGCGGGAGCAAAAACUUUCUUUUCCGUUCGAUUGAGUCCCAUCACCGAGUACUCUAGACCACGCGCGACUUUUAUCCGGAUAACUUUUAGGAUUAAGUCGAAUAAUUGAGAGAAAGGAGGGAGAGAAAAACGAAAAUAAGAGAGAAACUGUUGCAUUGUUCGUUCUUCCAGAGUUUUUCUUUCCGCGACUCUCGCUGAAAUCCAUCUCUGCCUUUACAUUCGUUUUAAGGAGCGAUAGACUUUGGAUCGAUGAUGAUAAUGAUGAUGAGUGUCCGAGUGAUUAUCGUCGUGUUAAAUCUCGAUCUUCGAUCGGUUUUAGAAGGUCUCGGGGGGGUGAUACAAGACGACUUUAAAUUGCCUUUUUAAGAGCGGUAAGCUUUACGUGGGAGUAGUUAAGGUGCGAGUCGUUAGAUAUAAAAUCGUCUUCGCGGAAUGGCAGGAGGGAGGGAAAAAAGAAAAGAUAAAAAAGCCAGAAGAAAGGGAGACAAGCAGUAGUGUUAUAUGUAAGUGUGACGUUACCUUUCUCAUCUGAAUCCAUGACAUUGUGCUCGCGGUGCACAACUACGCUACUUCGACUUCUUGUGCGAAGCGGAACGAUUUUAACGCGGGAGAAAUUUCAUAUACUAGAGAAUAUAUUUUUGUUAUGUCCAUAUCGAGAGUGGAAGUUACGAGUGUGUGGUCCUCUCCGUUUUCGUAUAUACAUAUUAUAUAUACAUAUUAUAUAUUAUACAUAUUAUGCUGUAAUCGCGAGUGUUAACGUGCCGAUUUCGUCCGACAUGCGGUAAGUUAGGAGAAUCUUUUAUGCGAACGCGAGUCUUUUAAUGCUGUUUGUUGUUCCGAUGAGUGUUUUUCUCCCCUUUGGCACGCGCGAUUAGCCCGAUUACUGAUUUCGCUCUGUUUCUGCCUAGUCCGUUGUUACGACGCCUUGAGAUAUAUCGGAUUGUUGAUUUGAUUUCUCGUCUCUGUCGUGGAUAAUAAACGAGUAAUCUAUAUUCUUCGAGAGUUUUAUUGAGGGCGAGAGAGAGAGAGAAUGAGAGUGAGAGUGAGAGUGAAAAGGAGAAGGCGCAGCACGAUUAUAAUAGUACCCGUUAAAGCGACGAGUCGCACACCUCAGCGUGGAGAGGAAGAACUGGAUUAGUCGCACAAACGAGAACAAAGGAAAAAAUGUAAGAAAAGAAGCUAAUUAUUAUUAUUGUACAUGUAAAAGUAAUCGUCACUUGCGCAAACGCAUACGCUUCUCUACUUGCGGAAUAAGACGCUUCAGCACGGAUCCAGCGACGCUGAUCGACUUGCUCGGCGCACAUCUCUUAUUCGCAGAACGAGAAUCUCAGACGGCCGGGCGUAAAACAGUAACGAGAUCUGUUAAUUGUAGUAAUAGAGAUCUGUAAUAAUAAUCCGCGCCGCUCUCCGCGGACAGAGGUUUCCACAGCCUAAUUAAAAAUAAUGUCUAAUUAGAGAUAAUCAGGGCCCCGCGCGCCCUACAACGCAAACGCUCCACCCCACGAGAGUCCCAUGUCCGGGGGUUCGAGAUUCUCGCGAUGCACGGGGGUGCUCCGGUCAACGUGUGCGAGAGGGUACGCACGAUAUCCCGUGAUAUCUAACAAUUCUCACACACACAUAUACACACAUGACAAUAUCGUUCCGCGGUGAGAAAGUCGCAAUUCCGUAUCCUACAGCUGCUGCAACAACGACGACGACGACGGUGAUAAUGAGAUUCUCGCUCUCCUUUCUCUCCGCAACGCUUAUCCCCUCUCUCUUCUAGAUUCCGCGCUCAAGUUCGCCGUGAGUACCUCUUUUUCUCAAUCUUGCGGCGAAGGGUACGCUUCUUGCACGAGGUACGAUCGACCUGCGUCGAUUCCCUUCGGGGGAAUUUCUGUGGCAGCGAGCGCGUGUCCCGAGGAAUCGUGAAUGUGGGGAAAACCGAGCGAGAUCGGUGCGUUGUGUUACACUCGGCCGAAUUUUUCGAAAUACGCUUAUUACAAAUGUAGGUAAAAAAUAAACAAAAGAAAUAUACGCUCGCUGCUCGACAACACGAGUGUGUUGUAGGCGUGUGUGGCUGCGGUGCGUGUGUGUCUCGUGUCCGAUUUCCACCCCACGGGGGAGGGAACCGCGCCGAUUCUUCUUUCACCCCUGAGACACCGUCGCCAAUGAAGGAUGUUUCUCGUGCUCGAGAUCUCGCCCUUGUAACCGUCAGUAAGUGUAUGAUGCACUUGUCUCGGGAUGAGAGCCGGUUCCCCCGGGAUCGACGCAGGUCUCUAGGGAAAAGACAGAAUCAAACUCAGGAGAGGGACGAGAGAGGCAACCGGAGAGGGUUGAUGGUACACUUCUCGGUGAGUUAUCGCGAUAUUAAUGCUCUUCCCGUUUCUAUCUUGGCGUAAAUCUAAGGGCGACAGUGAAUAGGACACGUCUGCCAAUCCCUCGGAUCAUCGAUAUCGUUACAUAGAAUAUUUUAUAUAUGUAAAAGGAAAGUAAAAAAAAUAUAAAUAUAUAUAUAGAUAUACAUACACUCGUGUAUAUUUUGCGCUUGCGAGAUUCACUUUGCUAAGACUUGAAAUGUUUUUAAUUAAUUUGCAUAGUAGAGCUGAAUUGUGAAGGUACAGGCUGAAUCCACACACUGUGUGGAUGUCAAUCGUUUUCACGUUGAAAUAAUGUAUUCUGUCCGGGUGGCUCUUCGAGAGUUUGCGUCUUACCAUUUUCAAGGUGUAUGAUGCGUGCAGCGUUAAAGAAAUUUGGGGAGUAAUGAUAAACGCGCGGGUCACACCGUAUUGCUCCAGUCCAGUAUCGUUUUUUUCAGUGACCGAAAAGACAGACGUAGGCGGCAAGAUAACAGAAACCUGGACAUCCUGCUCGUUAUAUGUAUAAAUAUAUUUAUGUGUAGCAAAAGCGUGUGCCCAUAGAUGCGUGUGUACUAGCAGCAGUACUCUAAUCUCGGACGAGUCUUCCUUAGCGAAAAUUACAUCGAGUAUCGUUAUGCGCUUAUCAUUUAUCAAUUUUCAGCGCUGGAUGGCUCGGCGCGAUCAAACCUCGGACUUUAAUUUCCGCUAAGGAAACGUCGUAUGUGACUCGCUUGCAAAAUGAAAUCUAUGUACUCCUCUCGGAAUAAUCUGUAUACAUACCAUUUAUUUUUCUUCGAACGAGUGUGUUGCAUGAAAGAGAAAGAGGGAUAUAUAUAUAUAUAUAUAUAUGUAAUGUAUCGUGAUGAAUAAUGCAUAUAAAGAAAAUAUAUAAAUAUAUAUACAAAGAUGUGUGUGUGUGUGUGUGUGUGUGCGUAUGUAAGCGUGCGAUAUAUAUGUCACAUAUGCGUGCGUGUAUGUGUGUGUGUACAGUGCGUGUAGUGCGUAUUUGCAGAGCAUGAUCAAUAGACGUCGGCAUCGUUUCUCGCACGAUAGCACGCUCGAUCGAGAAAUGACGCGAUUUCAACGCGCGCGAUGGAGAUUAUAGACUUUCACGCGGUGGUGGAACAAUUUCGAAGAGAUACAUGUAUAAAAAAAGAAAAAAAAGGGUAAGAAACGAUCAUAAAAAGCCGCGAAGAAAGCGAGAGAGAGAGAGAGAGAGAGCGAGCGUGCGAGUUAGAGCGGAAUGCACCUCCUCGAUGUGUCACUCGGACAAUUUCUUCUCUCUCCUUCCAUUUUCUCUCUCUUUCUCUCUCGUAUACCUCUUCACGAUUUUCACCCCGUUUUUCACCCUCGUCAUCCUCUUUUAGCGGUCGCGACGCGUUGACGAUUCGAGAAUCGGGAGAUAACACGCGCGAUAAAGGGAUCGAUCAACGUUUCAGCGGUCUAUCGGUAGUGGAGUCAAGUCAAUCGAGCACCCCGCUUACCCCGUCGAACGUGGCCUCGCGACUCCCGCGAGCCCCAAAACUCUCUUCCCUCUUCCCUGUUUCGCUCGAACUUUUCUCUUUUUUUUCCAUGCUCGACCGCGCGUUUGCACCCUAAUAACCGAGAAUCACCGUAGGCGAGAUACCGUGAAAUGGAUCGUGGCGCGAGCCGGACAGAGGGUUGCGUCGACGAGAACCCCGCCGGAGACGAUAGAGACGAUUUACGAAGCGUAACACUUACCUCUUCUUUCACAUCCCGAGAGACAUCGGCGCGACCACGUCGAUGUCGAGUCACGCGUCCGCGCGAUCGCACGUAAUCACUCGGAAAUUAAUAUCUCAGGAUCAGUCGGAUCGAUCGAAUCGGUGAUUCGUACGAGGGAUUCGUUCUCCGCGUGAAUAAUAAUUUCCUCGAGGAACAAAGGACGUCGUCUCUGUGCGCUUUCCUUCCUUCAGCUUCGCGCUAGAAAAACGCGCGGCGACGGAUCGGAGCGUUUGGCUUGGACACGCCGAAGAUGAGGGUCCGACCGCGUUUUGCACACGGCCGACGGGGAUCGUUGAACCGACCGUUUCGCGACGAGAAGCUUUAUAAUCGAUUAUUAGGGCAAAGAGAGAAAACAAAAGAAGAAAAGGAUAGAAAGGAGGCCGAAGAGGAGGUCGAGCUGUCUGUACCUCAUCGCUUCCUUUUCGCGCGCGGACAGACGAUCGAUCCCGUGAGGCUUUCCACCUUCGAAGACGUUAUCGAUCGUCUUCGAUUCGACGAGCGUGGAAGCCGGGCGUCCGCAGAUGAAAACUCCAGACGGAGAUGAAAGAAAAUCGCGAGGCCGAGUCACGCGCCGUUUUUGGCGCGCCAGAAGCGCGCGCUUCUUUUUCCGGAGCUCGAAAGUCUACCGAUUUACUCUCCGCGAGUCUGUCCUACAAAACAUUUUACUCGUGUAUGUUUGUUGCAUGUGCGAGUGCGAGUAUGUGUGUGGCCCCGAUUUGUGUGUAUUCGAUGCGUCGAUGUGCGCGAAUGUGUAUGAUCGGCGUAGGAGUGACGGCGAGCAAGAAUACUUCGUGAUCGACUGUAAUUUUAUAUAAUAUUUGUAAGACAAAUGAAAUAUUAUGUACAGCAUACCUGAUAGCGAAAAUAACAAGUAUCUACCUUAUAUCUCUAA